AUUUGGGUUUAAAUUUAUAUUUUUUUAUUAACGGUAUGACCACGAUUUUAAAAUUUAGCGCGAAUGAAAAUGGCGAUAUAGUUCAAAAAAUCAAAAUAGUGCCAGAUUAAACAUGAGUUGGGCACAGGACGAAUGGAAGAAUAACCUGCCCCACAAUGCUUUGCUAAAAAUUGAUGGAUUAGAAAGAUGUGUUGAACAGUUGAAAAAAGACCAACAACAGAAAAAAUUUCAGGUAGAAUCACUUGAAGCUGCGUUCGAAAAUCAAAAGAAAAAAACUGAGGAGCAGAAGUCGCAAGUAGCUAUAUGUAGGAAAGAUGUGCAAAAUUUAGAAGAACAAUGCCGAACAAGUGAGGCAAAUAGAGAAAAGGCUAUAUAUGAGUUGGAUGCUAAAAGGGCGCAAUUAAGUUGCUUAGAAGGACAGUUAACAAAAUACAAGCAGAAUUUAGAAAAGGAAGUAUCCAAGGCAAGUAAAUUACAAGUAGAACUGGAACGAGAAGUGUUACAAAGAAAUAAAGUUGUUGAUCAAUUGCAGCAGAAAGACAACGAUUUACAAAAACUUCAACAACGUCUUAAGUUAAGUAGUUCUGACGAUGUUUUCUCAUCUGACAAAGAAACAACUUCAAAGAUGGCAGGAGAAGUUGUGGAUACACUUAUCUCCUUUGAUGAGCCAAUGGCUCCUCCACCAAGCACAUUAGGUCAUCCAUCUGGCAAUCUUCUAGAUUGUAGCAUAGCUACACCCAUCAAAAAUAACAAAAACAGCAGCACAGGCUCUCAGCACUGUACGUUUGAUAUAUUUGGUGGAGAUGUUGAGAUGAAGUCUGGAUCAACUGGUGCAGUGAACAACAAUGAUUCCACAGACUGGAAGACGAAAUGUACUGACCUUCAAACGAAAUUGAAAUCUUUAGAAUUCGAGAUAUCGUCUGAACAGAGCAAGUGCAAAGAUGUGACUUUGAAAUUUGAAAAUUUAAAAGCAGAGCUGAAUUCGAAAACAAGUGAAUGUCUUAAGGCUGAAAACGAAGUUAUCAAGCUCACAGCUUCUGUUGACGAGAAGGACAACAAAGUUUUACAACUUGAUCAAAGUAUAAAGCAACUUCAACAGCAAUAUGAAUGCGAACGACACAACACACAAGCUGCAAUGAAAGCACAAGAUGAGAGAAUAAAAGAACAAGAAAAAAAUAUGAGGGAAGAAUUGGCGCGUGAUCAAAAAUUAGCUGAAGACCAAGUUAAGGAGAUGCAGAAAAGUUUAGUAGAAGUUGAGAAGAAAUAUAACGAGUCUCUGCGCGAGUAUAAAACGUUGGAACGUAAUCUCUUUCAAGCUAACCACGAGAAAGAAAGUCUAGUUCAUACCGUGGAAGAAUUGAAACAAGAAGUGCCUCGCUUGAAAUCUGAGCACCAGCACGUGUUGGCAGAAGUGAAAAGGGACCUGGAAGAGGCUCAUAAGAAACAGAUAGCUUCUUUUGAAAUUAGGCUUCAAGAGAAGCAGAGAGAUAACGCAGUAAUGGCGGACGAAUACAAUAAAGUUAAAAAUGAAAUAUCUUUGUUGAACAAAGCAUUAGCAGAGAUCAAUGAUAAAUACAUGAAAGCCAUAGAUGAGAAAAAUAAUGCGGAAAAGAGAGUAGCUCAGUUGAGCUUAGCUAUGGAGGAGCUCAAUCAAACAUCCGUAGCAAAGCUGAAAGAAGUAGAAAAACAGCUGUCUGAGAAGCUGAAGGAAAAGGAGGAACACAAUAGCUCGUUAUCGAAAUCAGUUCAAGAACACCUACAGAAGCUUGAGGAGUACCGUAAAGAAGUUGAUGUUAAAAAACAGUCUGCGGAGGAGUACAAAUAUAAGUACGAGUCCGCAGAAGCGACGUUGAACAAAUUGAAGAAGGAGAAAACCGAUGUUGAAAAAGAAUAUGCUCUCCAUAUGAAAGAUGCUGAAAAAAGAGAAUUAGAACUUGUGAAAUCUGCAGAAAGGGCCGAACACGCCGAAAAGGUGAUAAAAGAGCAGCAUAAUUUAUUGCAAGUUCAAGUUGAAAAAUCAAACCAUGAGCUGUCUGUAUUGAAAGAAAAGUUUAACAGCUCGUCAAACGCUCUCCAAGCGAAAGAGAGGGAAUUGUCCUGUUUGGCCGAGCAAUGCGAAGCCACCGUGAAAAAGUUGUCUCAGAAAGAAGAACAGCUAAAAGUUGUGGAUGAAACAAUCAGGAGGAUUACUGAAGAAAGGAAUAAGUAUCAGAAGGAAUUUCAAGAGUUUGAAGGGAGAAUUGACAAAAAGAACACCGAAAUCGAAACCUUAUCGACGUGUCUCGACGAAGUGAAAGCAAUAGAAAAUGAGUUGCAAGGUCGUGUUGGUGAACUGCACCGAGCUGUUGAAGAGAAGACAAGCAAGCUGGAAGCAGUAUUGGUAAAAGAAAAAGAAUGGAAGGUUGAACUAAACACGAAGGAAGGUUUGCUUGAUGAAAUGGGUGAAAAACUCCACAAUUUAGAAGAAGAAAAAAACUCGCUGCUUGAGUUUGCAGAACAAAGGCAACAGGUUGUCACGCAGAGGGAUAAUCAAGUGCAAAAAAUGACUGCUGAAUGUGAAGAUCUAUCCCGACGCUUGGAAGAGGAGGCAGAGUUUAAGAAGAGCUUGGAAGCAAAAUGUAUGGACGUGUCCACGAAAUUGGAUCAAUCCCAUCAAGCAUUGCAUGAUAAAUGUAUGGAACUCAACAAAAUGGAAAAAGAAUUCCAAGAACAAUAUGGAAACGCUAAAGAGGAAAUCCAACUCGUUUUGAAGGAAAAAGAAAAUCUUUUUGAAAAAAUUCAGUCGCUUGAAGAAUCUUUUGAUGGUCUCCAGCAAAUCAAAUUGAGAACGGAAGCCAACAUGUUAAUGAUGGCGGAGGAUCGCGAGAGCUUAUUGCAAGAGAAGAACGAGCUGAACACCAAAUUUGAAGAAAUGCAAAGCGAGGUGACAGACGUCACCAAUAAAUACAGCCAGUUGACCAAACAAUAUGAAGAACUUUGCUCGCUUAUUCAAGUAAAAGAGGAAGAAAUUGCAACUUUUAAAGAUAAUCAAGUCAAGUUGGAGCAAGAACAUCAUUUUAAGGAACAAGAACUUAAAUCCACCGUGAACGAACUCACCAUGAAGAAUGAAGAACUAGAAGAAAGUGUCUUAACAUUAACAAGUGAAAACGAGCAGUUUGAAACAAAGGCUACCACCAUUGAAAAGGAAUAUAACACCAUGUCAAGUGAGUUGUCAUCUCUUAGUAUUGACUACGAAAAAAUAAAGAGUGAACGAGACCAACUUUCAACAGAGAACCAAACGUUUAAUGCUAAACUCGAAGAAAGUUCAGAUCUUCUGCAAAGCAAAGACACAGCUGUGCAAGAAUUGACGAAGCAGGUGGAGAGUUUGCGGGAUGACAUGCAGAUGAAGACAAAAUCUUAUGAAGAUCUCAUGACAGAACGAAACAACGUGCAAGCCCAGUUGGAAAUUACACAAGACGAUCUCAACCAAAUCAACGAAGCUCUCUUUCAAAAGCAAGAAGAAUUGGACUGUGUGUCUUCAGAGUCGUCAGGUAAGAUUGCAGAGUUGAUGACUCGGGUAGAACAGCAAAUUGAACAAAUACAAGAGCUACGCGAAAGGAUUGAAUAUCUAGAAGAAAAAUUAAACGCCUUGGAUAGUUUGAUGAAAGAGAAAGAAGAAGAGUUGCGGCGGGCUUCUGAACGUGUUACAAAACUUGAAGAAGAACUGCAAGCAUCGUCAGAACAUGUCAUCAAGUUGAGCAGCGAUAAACGCUAUGUUGAAGUGCAACUCAGCACCGCUUGCGGCGAGUUAGAACAAAAGUUGCGUAUGAUCGACGAUCGUGACAAUUCGCUUCUUACUUUGACUGAGGAAAUGAAAAAGAACAAUGAAGCAUAUGAUAAAGACAUGACGUCCAGAGAUGAACAAAUCAAAAACAUGGAAUGUAAGAUGUCUUUUGUCGCAAGUGAGCUUCAGCAAGCGAACGACCUGCUUCAAACUAGGGAGGAAGACAACGAAGAGUUACUCGAAAAAGUCGAAGAGCUAAUGAAAGAAUCGGACGAACUAAACGAAAAGUUAGCAGCUGAACAGAAGCUAUCUGAAGAACAAAGAUGUCUAACGCAGCAACUUGGUGAGAAGCACAAAAUGACAGAGGCAAUGUAUACUGAGUCCAAGACGUACAGUGAGGAGCUGGAGAAAAAGAUACGUGUCGGUGAAAGCAAAUUAAGUGAGUUAGAGAUUGAUAUCGAUACAUUAAAUGAUAAAAUCGAAUCUCUAGUAGUUAACGCUAAUAAAUUGGAGAGUGAUUUAAGUAAUAAAACCGAAGAAUGCAACUCGCUACAGUCUGAUUGUGAAAACACUCGAUGUCAAUUCCAAGAAUUAAGCAUUGCGAUGAAGAGAAAAGAUGUUGAAUUAAAAUCAUCUGCGGAUGAGAUCUUACAGCUUAAAAACGAGAAGUCAUUGGCGGAGUCCAUGUUGGCUUCAGCGAACGAAAAGUUCAUGCUGACAGAAGAAGAACGGGUAAAAUUACUUCAAGAGGCGGAGGAAUUAAAACAAUGUUUAAAAAAUACUGAAGCUUCCCUUGAAAACGCGAGAACGCUCCAGUCGGAAGUAAAUAACAAAAUGCAGGAGGAUGCUCUCCAUCAUCAUGAUGAAGUUGAGAAAAAGGAAGAUGAAAUACGUGAAAUGAAAGUACAAAUGUCUGCAUGCCAGUCUUCUGUUGAAACGCAUCUCAAUACUAUAAACGUAAUUAAAAUCAGAUUUGAAGAGGAAAGAACUGCGCAUCAAAACGAGGUUACCCGACUCUCAAAAGAAAACGCUGAAUUACAGGAACGUUUGAAUUAUUUGGAAAAUCAAAUAAAAAUAUUGCAGGAAAGUCUUAGUGAAAAAGAAGAAAGCUUAACUGACAUGUUAAACCAGGCUGAAGAAACGGAUGAGAUACUCAUGAAGCUUAGAAAGGAACAUGACAGUGUGUCUAAUGAAAAGAUUGAAAACGAGGCUCGCCACCAAAAAGAGGUGGAACAAUACCAAGACACGUUAAACAAAAAACAAGGCAAACUGAAGGCUCUCAUGGAUAGCAAUGAUACUUUGCAGAACAAAGUUGUAAUGUUCGCUGAGUUAAUGGAAUCUGUACAAAAUAAACUGAAGCAGGAGCAAGACAGACAUACUCAAGACAGCAUAAAAUGGAGUAAAAAGAUGGCGGAACUUGAGGGCGUCUUAAAAGAGAAACACGCGGAAAUAGAAACAACCUCUACGGAAUUUGACCAAUUGAAGACGAGCCAUGGGAAAGAAGUUCAUAAGUUGAAGUCGUUUGUCGCAAAUUUGACUGACACUUUGAAAGAACGCGAUGCACAACAUGAACAAGUUGUUCAAGGUUUAACAGAACAGUUCGAACAGAAACACCGCGAAAUUCAAGAAGAGUUGGAAGUUAAAAUCAUGCAAUAUAACUCUCUGCAAACGAACUAUGACGAGAAUGUGCAAGGGAGUGAAAAAUCGUUGCGCGAUAAAGAAGUGGUAAUCAGUGAACUUAAGGAAGUUCUUUCGGAAAAGGAAAAAAGUAUGGCUGAACUAGGAUUGAACCUCAACAACAUUCAGCUGCAGUUAUCCAAUGUGACAUGUGAAAAGGAGCACCUUUUCUCAGAGCUUGAGAAAUGCAGCAAAGAUUUGCGUGCAGCCAUGAGUCAGAUUGAUGCUGAAGGUUUGACUUUUAAAGAAAGAAUGAUAGAAGCGGAUAAAGCGAUAACUUCUCUCGAGUCGAAUCAUCAAAGCGAGAUAGAAAGGUUUGAAAGUGAAAUGGCGAGGUUAAAGGAAAAACAGGAUGAUUUGCAGGCGGCUAAGGAGAUUCUUGAAAGCCGGUGUCAAAAAUUGGAGGAAGAGUUUUCUACGAAGGAGGGAAUAUUUCAGGAAAGUGAAAGCAAGUCGGAAGCGCUUGGAGCAGCCUUAAAACAGCGAGAGAACGAGCUGCAAGAAAUGCAAAGUCGACAUGCUGAAGAACGUAGUGAAUGUGAAAACAAAAUGUCUACCUUGCAGGGAAGCCUAAAUAACACCCUUCAAAAAUUGGAGCUAGCUUGCAAAGAACACGAAACCGUGACGCAGAAAUAUGAAUCCUUGGAAAAAGACAUGGUUGUGAAGAUUAAAGCUCUUGAGUGUUCUGUAUUUCAAAGUCGGCAGCAAGCCGACCUAUUCAAAGCGGAUAUCGACGCAAAGGAGACUUUAAUCUCUGGUUUGAACGAGGAAAGUGAGGAGUUAACCAAUAAGAAUCAAGAAAUAGAGUCGUGCUAUGAAGAACAGUUGAAUGAUUUAAAUGAUGCGUUAUUGCAAACUGAGAAGAAACUCGAAAAAAAGUGCGAAGAAGUUGCUGAACUGACCAGUCGAGUCACAAAUCUAAAGCAGGAAACAUUGUUGUCUUCAACACAAUCUGAACAAGAAAGGCAACACAUGGAGGCAAACUUUAAGGAGCUGUUGAGUGAAAAAGAGCAAGUCAUCUUGAAAGUAAAUGGAUUGUUAGAAGAAAAGAAAACAUCGUUGUUAGAGAAAAAUAAAGUUAUAAAACAGCUUAAUGUUGAAGUAGAGGAAAAAGAGGCAUGUGCAACUUCACUUCAAGAAAAAAUUAAAAACUUAACACAACAGUUCGAAGACGCCGUGACCACGUAUGAACAGCAGGCGGAUGACAUUAGGGCUUCGUUAAGUUCUUUUAAAAACGAUAAUCAGCUGCUUCAAGAGAAAAUCGAGGAUUUGAAAAUUGAAGCACGAAAUGAAAAAGAGACGAUUCAGGGUGAACUGAACGCACGUGUAGAUUCGUUAAGCUCGGAAAAUAGUACGUUGGCAGAAACGAUGAAAUCCUUAGAACUAUGUAUCAAGGAAAAAAAUAAUAAAGUCACUGAACUUUUAGAGAAGAUUAAAGAAGAUAAAAAUAAACUUGAAAGUUGUGAAGAUUCGAUCAAAACUUUGACUGCCGAAGAAUGCAGGUUAAAAGAGAAGAACGAAAUUUUGAAGUCAGAAGUCCACACAGGAUGCAAAGCGAAGGAAGAAUUGGAAAUUCAAUGUUCGAAGUUGACAGAUCAUCGCAUAUCUUUACAAGCUGAAUUAUCGACGACUAAAGAAGAAUUGGACAGUGUGAAUCUAGCUUUAAAAGCAAAGGAUAGUGAAAACACUGAAUUAAAGGAAAAGUUAAAAGGACUCUACAACCUUAAGUCUGAUCUUGACGGAAACCUUCGAGAACAAAGCCGUAAGCUUAUUGAUUUAGAGACUAGAUUUAGAGAUAUGAUGGAAAAAGUUAGCAAGAUAAAGCAAGAAAGAGAUGAACUCGUUGAAAAACUCACCAAAAGCGAGGAAAAAAACUUGCAACUCGAAAAAGACGCCAUUAGCACUCGCGAAAAGUUAGAAAAUUGCAAAGAGACGUUGGAGCAUGCUGAAAGCGCCUUGGUAGCCACAGAGACGAAAUUAAACGAAGUAUUAAGUUUAUUACGACAAAGAGAUGAAGAAUUGAACGAUGCGCUGGGAAAACACGAAGAACUGACCUUGCAACUUCAAAACAAAGAAACCGAAUGCGUUUCUAACGUGGAAGAUAUUCGUAAGCUUCAAGAAAAGAUCGAAAAGAAUGAAAUUAUGAUCAACGAUUGUGAAUGCGACAAACGUAGUCUUCAACAACAAGUCGACGAAUUGCGGGAUGAAAUCUCGUCAGUGCAGGUCUGCAAGGACGAACUUGCCGUUAAUUUAAAAGAGAAUAUCGAACGCUUCACAAGUGAGAAACUGGAGUUAGUAAAUAAGUUAUCUUCUGCUGAAAGUGUGACCGCAGAAGUGAGUGAGGAGUUAGGUGAAUGCAAAACAGUUUUGAACGUUUUAAAAGAUGACAUCACUACGUUAACUGAACGUAAAGAAGAUUUAAAAAAGCAAAAUAAAAUUCUCGCUGACAAGUUAAAGGAAGAAGAAAAACGAGCGGAAAAAGCUAUUCAACAUGGCGACGAUUUGUCGAUCAAACUAAAAGCGGUUCUAAGCGAUAAGGACAGCGCAGUGCAGAGUUUAAUCGACGAAAAAGAAAAAUUGAAAACUCGAAACUGUGAAAUCAAUGAGUUGUAUAAAAAUGUGUCGGCGGAAAAAGAAAAUCUGAGCAGUCAGCUGGUAAACUUUUCGCGUGAGCAGAACCAAGCUGAAGAAGUGAUCAGUAGCUUAAAGGUAGACAAAGAAGAAUUGACUAAAAAGUUAGAAGACACGGAGAAGGUUCUCGAAGAAAGGGCAGCAUUACAAGUCGUGUUAAAAGAAGAGUUGUUGCAGAGUAACUCUUUAUGUGAAAGUCUUCAGCGAGAAACUUCAGAGGUUCAGCAAGCCGUUGAGAAGGAAUUGAAUGAACUAAAAGAGAACGUCGUAGAAAAAGAUGAUUGGCUCCGCGAGAAAGACCUUAAGAUUGGAAAACUCGAGCAGGACAUCGAAACUCUUAGAAAAAAAUUGACAGAAUCUGAGGAUGCAUUGAGCUACGCUGGAACCAUGAAAGAGGAGUUUGCCACGCAGUUAGAGGACACGCAGAAAUUGUUGAAAGCUGAACGGAAGGCUAGAUGUGAAGCUGAACAGUUGAGUGAAACUCAUCUAGAGACAAUCAAAACAUUAAAAGAAGAAGUUAGGAAAAUUAAAGAAUCUUUUGAGUAUCUGACCACGGUCAAGUUGGAAAUGAACGAAGAACUUCAGAGUAAAUCCACUAAACUUGACAACGCCAAGGAAGAAAAAGAAACUGUUUUAAAACAAUUAGAAACUUGUAAGGCACGGUUGGAUGAUUUAGAAAGUAAAACUGUAAGAGAAAAAGAGUUGAAUGACCAAGUCCAAAAGGAAAGGGACCAUUUCAAGAGCGAGGUAAACAAGCUAAGAAUCUGUUUCGACACGUUAAAUGAAGAGAAACACAAGAACGUGGAAAAUUUGAACCAAGUAAACAUCAAACUACAAGAGAUGCAAACCUUGUUAGAUGCUAAACAGAAGGAAGUGCGUAAGAUGGAGGAAGCGCUUGGAAAUGAGAAAGAAAACAAUGUGUGCCACAAAGCGGAGAUUUCAAACUUGAAUAUAAGUCUAGUAGAAGCGCAGAAAUCAGCAGAGAAAGAAAAGCGAAGAGUGAAAAAACUACAACACGAUAUGGAAAAGAAAGAUCUCUCAAUUAGUGAACUUGAGCAACAACUUAAUUCGCUUAACUGUCAACUCGCAACGAAGGAAAACGCGCUCAAAGAAACCGUGGAAAAUCUCACGAGAGCCGAAAACACACUCUCUUUAGAGAAAGAGAUGCAUACCUCGAAGCAGGCAAAACUAGAAGAAAUUAAAAAAAGUCUAAUGCGUUCUCGCGCGCUUUCCUCCCAAGAGGAUAUUACUUCAGAUAAUUCUAACUUAGACGAAACUAUUGAUUUCAACUCGCAGAUACUCAAAUUACAAGAGGAGAUUGUAAAGCUUGAAAAGGACAAAAAGCAGAUGGUGGAAGCAGCUGUUGAAGAAGAAAGACUUCGUAUAGUUGAAGCAUCCAAACAAUUUGUUCUCGAGAGAGAAAAAGAAAACGAGACUCGUAACCAAGAUCUUCUCGAUGAUAUCAAGCUAAAAGAAAAGAAGAUUACAAAUCUUCAAAAAACGAUCUCACAAAAAGAGGAGGAGUGUAAACAGUUCGAGUAUAUACUGAGCAAGGAAAAAGAAACGUACCAAGAGCUAUUGAAAACAUCCGAAGAAGAAAAAAACGUGACCAGCGUGACCGCACCCGCUGAGCGUUUUAACGGAGAUGAAAUUAAUGAGAUGCGAGAAAGGCUGGAGAGGGCUAAAUUACAGAAUGAAGAGCUAAGAGGAGAUUUUGCGAAGACGGUAGAUGAUUACGAAAGAGCUAAGGCAAAGGAAAGUCGCGAGUUUGGUAAACUAAAAGAACAAUGUGAAAACUUUAAAUCGCUUUGCGAGAAGAAAGACGUUGAUUUGAAACGUUUAAAAGCUUUGACGAUAGAGCCAAGACGAAACGAGAAAUUACUGGAAGAUUUGCGUGAAAAGUUAAUGUCCUCGGAUGAGAAAUAUAUCACGCUGGAAUUCAAAAACGAAGACUUGCAGAAUGCGUUAAAAAGCGCAACAAAAAAACACGAAAUUGAAAUGAGUGGAAUCAGUAAAAAAUUGUCUUCCCUAAUGAAGGAUAACGAUCAAUUGCGAUUAAAACUUGAGGAAACCAUGAAAAGGCUUUCCUUGCUUGAAAAGGAAAAUUUGAUAUUAAAAAAAGAUUUAGCAGCGUAUCCGUUUGCAAAAAACAGCAUGGUAUCGCCUUUAACGAGAUCUUUAUCUUCUUUGAAAGUGUUGUCAAGCGAAGAUGAUUCUACAAACGAUGUCUCUUCCAUCCAAACCAACUCUUCCAUCCAAACCGACUCGUCGCGAGUGCAAUCUCAAGCUAAAGGGAUUCUGAAAAAGUCAUCUGAGACUCCAAAACGGAGUAUGGAAUCUACAGAGAGUCUGUCAUCAAAAGCCAACUCGAAGAGGACACGUUUAAACACCGUGAUUGAGCAUUCUAAUGGUUACGAGACAAAAAUUUCACCAUCGUCGGCUACUGAUCAAAGCGGAAGAAGAAGGUCGACGAGGCUUGCACGUAAACCAUACAGUAGAGAGAUGCCUUCCAGUUCUUCUGAUGACGAGGUUCUGCAGAAGCAACUUUCGGGUUCAACCACUUCUCACCCUACGAAAGAAAAUCCAGCACAUGCUCGUGUUACUCGUGCACGUGACAAAGAAACGACACCAUUGUCCCCCAAAAAGACAAAUAUUACAGAUUUAAACUCUUCUCUAACGGUACCGAAAAAGCCUCAUCGGGAUCUUGGUAUGCCGACAAGAAUAGUUGGUAAUAAAAACGUACAACAAGGCCCCUGCAGAGCGACGCGUUUAAAUUCGACUCGUAACGCAGAUGCUGAAGUUACGAGCAAACAUUCCGUAAAAGCUCGUCCGCCGUUACGGAGUGAUGGUAACAGCGAACAGGAAGAAAAAUGCAAUAUGCAGUAGUGUUUUAUUUAUUUUUUAUGUAAAUAUUUAUCAUUUUAACGAAAUUGUUACGCACAUGAUUUUGUUGGAAACCCUCAAUUCCAGCCUCCCCUAAUUAUUUUACAUCGGUAAUAGCACGGAAACGAGGCUGAUUUUCUGUAUGUUUGAAAUGUUUAUAAUAUGUGUGAUUAGUAUCAACUUCGUAUCCACUGCUUACAUAGUGGAUAAUUCAACUGUAUAUGUACGCUCUGGUACAGGCGAGAAAAAGAAUGUAUCCAGAAUGAAAUGAAAUUUCCAGAAUUAAACAUUUUAUAUUUUAA